AUGGAUAAUGCAGAGCCCAGUGUAGCUGCAGAGGAAUACACUGUGUAUGGGGACAGGCCCGGUCAGGGGAAGCCACUCCGGGAAGGGGAAGCAUUCCGCCCUCGGGGUUCGGCUCUCUGGUUUGGGGAAGCAUCCCGGUUCGGGGACCUGUCUCCGAGCCAGAGGAGCAUCCCGUCCCGCUUCGACCGCUCGCUCACCUUCGGCCGCGCAGGCCGGCGGCGGUUCCAUGGCGUCCCCGCGGGCGGCGGAGCUGCGGAGCCCGGACGAGGCGGCGGCGGCGGGUGCGGGGGCCGGUGCGGGCGCGGGCGCGGGGGGCCGGUGCCGGCGGGCCCGGGGCUGGCGCUGGCGCUGGGCUGCGCCCUGGGCGGCGCGGCGCUGGUGGUGCUGGCGGGGGCCGUUCCGCGGGCGGCGCGGCCCGACCCCGCGGUACCGGCGCGCCAGAUGGAGCGGCUGGAGGCUCGGGCAGCCCGGCUCCGCGCCCGCCUCGACCGCUGCACCGUGGCCGGGCUGGCGCUGCUGGCCCUGGGCGGGCUCCUGCUCGCCGCCCUGCUGCUGGCCGCCGCCGCCGCCCGCCGCCGCGCCCGGGCCGCCCGCCGCACCGGUGGCACCUACGGCUCGGUACGGCUGCGGCUGCGGAGGUUAUCAGCUGAAGGGACGCGGGCGCUGCUGGAGAGCCAGCUGAGCCCCCCACCCCAGCCCCCCGAGGGGCCCGGCUCCUAGCCGUGCAAACCCCAAGGACCCCCCCGCCACUGGCAGAAACGGGGUCCCCUUGCUGCACCCCAACACUUGAUACCAUUGGGUGAAACUUCGCCUACACCAGCCUUCAGCCACCAUUCUCACCUCCUUGAACCUUUAUUGAAUGGUGCUCUGACCCAACAGCACCGGACUGAUGAGGCUUUGGGGUACUCCACCAGACUGCGUGGCCCUGGCCUGGGUUGUUCCCCACCACCAGCACUGGGACAGCAUGGUCUUGGGACCUUUGGGACCUCCUGUCAGCUCCUCAGCACCUUCCUGGAUGGGAUCCUGCCACCAGCAUCAUGGCAGUGGCACAGUCAAGGCAGCCAUGGGAUUUCUGUGCCAUGGUCGGUUGCAGCCUGGACUGGAUGUGAGGCUGAGCUCCUUCCCACAGCCAGGACCUGCCUGCUGUUCCCUACAGAUCAGUUUCUGCCAUCAGUGACUGUUUUUAGCAAUAGAGUCUGUACAACUCUGGCACAGAGCUGGUGCUUGCACUGCUUUGGGCAGAAGAGGAGGCAGCAAGCCUGCCCACCACCUGUGGGGUGAGGUCCAGCCCCCUGCCAACCCCCAGCCCUCACACCCCACCAGCUCCUUUCUGCACAGCAGGAUGAAGGCCAGGACACACGCCUGCACCGUGCCAAGCAUCCCACUACCACCAGCAGCCCUGGAAUGGCCUCUUCAAAAACCAUGGUGCUCUGUACAGAGAGAGCGGGUGAUUCUCAGUGCCUCGAGGUGAUGUGGUGGCUGUGUCACACGCUGGCCUGGCAGUGCUGCUGCUCGGGUGUCCCCACGCUGGCCCUUCUGCUGAUUCAAGGGCCGUUGUCUGUGGUGUGAAGGCAAAAUUGCAUCUCGGGAAUUAAACAUGAAGCGUCAUUAAAGCACAAUGUUCUGUGGAAAGAGAAAUGGGUAUGAGCAGUGUGCUGGGAAAGGGAAAUAAUUAUCCUACUGGAAAAUGCAGACCCACAAAAGGUGCUGUUUAUCAUGAACUGCCACCAGUUUUCAAUCCAUCCCAUAAGCUACCCACUUCAGACAUUCUCAGGCAGGGACAAAUCCCUCCAGACAGCCUGACACAAAGAAAAGUGAUUUUUA